UACAGGAUGCACUGCAAAUGUAAUGAUCCUGGAUAACCGCUCCUGACAGGAAGCAGAGCAACUACCAGGCUGAAUGCCACUCACUGAGGAACAACAGGAAUAAGUCUGUACCUGUUAGCUAGAGGAAUCUACCCCUGUAUUGGGUUACUGAGAGAACAGCGGGACAGAUCCAACAGCAGCUACUGAGAGAACAGGAGUACAGAGUUCCAACACUGAGAGAACAGAAGUACAGAGCUCCAGCACUGAGAGAACAGGAGUACAGAGCUCCAACACUGAGAGAACAGGAGUUCAGAGCUCCAACACUGAGAGAAUAGGAGUACAGAGCUCCAACACUGAGAGAACAGGAGUACAGAGCUCCAACACUGGGAACAGGAGUACAGAGAUCCAACACUGAGAGAACAGGAGUACAGAGAUCCAACACUGGGAACAGGAGUACAGAGCUCCAACACUAAGAGAACAGGGGUACAGAGCUCCAACACUAACAGAACAGGAGUACAGAGCUUCAACAUUGACAGAACAGGAGUUCAGAGCUCCAACACUGAGAUACAGCAGCAGGACAGAGCUUCAACACUGAAAUAGAACAGGACAGAGCUCCAACACUGAAAGAACAGCAGGAUGGAGCUCCAACAGUGAGUUACUGAGACACGGCAGCAAAAGCCCGAAAACUUGGCUUUUGAGAGGGAACGAGGAAGCAGCGCCUGGAAAAUCCGAAGGCACCGCCAGGCAAUAUCCGAAUGUUUCCCGUCGGCUCUCGGCAACAGACAGUGAAGGGAAUCUGAAAGCAGCGGCCGGAGAUGGAGAAUCAUGCCUCAUCCGAAAGUUCAGAGCCGCAAGCAGAUAACGCGGGCGAGGCGGCGGAGAGGGCGGACACGGCGGGCGGCGGGAGCGGGCCGUGCGAGCUGGAGUGCGACAUCUGCUUCAGCGGCUUCGACAACGUGUUCAAGCUGCCGAAGCUGCUCGGGUGCGGUCACACCUUCUGCCUGGAGUGCCUGGCGCGGAUCAACAUCAGCUCGGAGACGGUGAGCGCGGUCAGCUGCCCGGUUUGCCGGCGCCUCACGCCGCUGCCCCCGGGCAAGGGUCUGCCGGCUUUGGACAACAACCGCGAGGUGCUGCGCCGCCUGCCCUCCGGGAUGCGCAGCGUGCCGUCCAUCCGCUUCAGCCGCGACAAGGGCAGACUCUACACCACCGGCACGGAGCCCGGCUCCUUCCUCAAGCCGAUGCAGCUCAGCAGCGUCAGCCUGAGCCUGGACGUCGGCCAGCCCGCACGCCGCAGCUCGGACUCCCGGCCCCGGCACCUCGCCUGGCUGCCCAUCCGCUCCAGCGGCUGCUACUACGUGGCGGUCGGCUUCGUGCUCAUCUUCACCGCGGCCCUGGUGCUGUCCGGGAUCUUCCUCUUCGUCGUCAUGCCCACCCGCGCCGCCGCCGGCGGGGGAGGAGAGGGAGGAGGGGGCCCCGACGGCAGGAACGUGACCAACCUAAGCCCCUAGGGUGACGGUCACUCCCUCCUCCCCCCUCCCCCUCCCCCCCUCCAUCUCCA